AUGGAAUAUGAUGCUACAAGGGGUCUCAGAUGCCUUUUCUCAUUUUCAUCAUGUAGACAGAACAGCUCUGAUGCAAAGGUGGUCAAUGUACCUAAAACCCGAAUAACCUUCUGUAAGAAAUGUGGCAAGCAUCAACCUCACAAAGUGAUGCAGUAUAAGAAGGGCAAGGAUUCCUUGUAUGCCCAGGGAAAGAGGCGCUAUGAUCAGAAGCAGAGUGGCUAUGGUAGGCAGACAAAGCCAAUUUUCCAGAAGAAGGCUAAGACCACAAAGAAGAUUGUGCUAAGGCUGGAAUGUGUUGAAUCUAACUGCAGAUUCAAGAGGAUGCUGACCAUUAAGAUACACAAGCAUUUUAAACUGGGAGGAGAUAAGAAGAGAAAGGGACAAGUGAUCCAGUUCUAAACUUUGGGAUGUUUUUCUUUUAAUUUUGAAGAGAAAAUGUUGAAGCCAUAGAAAAAUUACCUGUAGGAAAAUAAAUACAUUGAUAUCCUUAUGCAAAAAAAAAGAAAGUGUUUUGAUUUUGGGAAAAAAUUUAUUGAUAGAUUAAUGUUCUUCUAUGGAAUAAGUUCUUUGUUUCCUGGGAAUGGAUUAGUUCUCUUCAGAGUGUGUUGUUAAAAAAUGUAUGGUUUUCUUAGUUCUAUCUCGCUUGCUUUCUCUUUCUCCAUGUCAUCUCUUAGCACAACUCUGCUUCCUUUCUGCUUUUCACCAUGACUAGAAGCAACGCGAGGCCCCCACCAGAUGGAACUGCCCAAUCUUGGACUUUUCAGCUACCAGAAUCAUGAGCCAAAUAAGCCUUGUUUCUUUAUAAGUUACACAGCUUCAAGUAUCCUCUUAUAGCAACAUAAAAUGAACUGAGACAGUGAUGAUAAAUAUUUGUUGAGAAAAAGUUGAAAGAAACCAGGGAUUGGAAAAAGAGAAAGUUUUAGAGUCUAGAAAUAUAUUUCUAUUUUUAAAGAAUUCAUACAAUAUAAAAAGCCCUGCAUGUUCUGAGAGGGGAUAGCUUUACAUGUUUUAGAUAGUGAAACACUAGGUUGAGAACUAUUAGGGAUAAAUGGUUUAUGUCUCUUUUGUUUGAAAAUGCAGAAAAGUAGAAAAAUGACUCAUUUUUAUGCUGCCAGAGCUUAGUUUACAUCUAUUGUUCUACUAGUUGUGAGACAUCAGGCAUAUUUCUUAACCUCACAGUGUUAAGCUAAGCAACUUGAGCAAGUUCAGCAGUACAUCCCUUUGAGUAAGCACUUAAAGAUCAAAGUCUAGAAAUACCAGGUACUUAGCCUCACAGGAUUCUAGACACCCAUAUGCUUAAUUACCAAUUUUUCUCUUUAAAUAAUAUAUGGAGAAAACUUUAUAUCAUAGAUGUAUACAGAUAUAAAUAGACAGAUGAUCAUGAUAGAGAGAUAUAGAAGUGUAGAUAUAUCAACACUUCCUUAAAGACUUUUGUGUAUAUCAUAGAUGUGUAAGUAUUUUAUAUACAUAUUAGGUUGGUGCAAAUGUAAUUGCAGCUUUUUGUACUGUUGAAUUUUGCUGUUUGAUAUUGGAAUAUACUCUUAAAUAAAUGUGGUUAUGUUAUACCUUA